AUGAAGCCCGUUGCGGUGGGAACACUUCCUGCAGACCUCAUUGAUGCCAUCCGUGGCGGCGCCGUGACGCUCAAGCAGAUGCACGAUAACACCAUUGUCUUCCAAGAUGAGAAAGUAAGUGUUGAAUGGCACUGCACUCUUCAGCCGGGGGAGCUGCAUUCGUAUAGACAACAAAAGACAGGUGUCAGCGAGUCCGCGGAAGUCUCCCGUAUUGCUGCUGUGCAGAAGACAACGGUGCAACCGGAGAAGAAGCAGAGUGCACCAGACACAAGCGCAACAGAGGACACGAGUGCACCGUAUUUUCCUAGUGUGUCGAAAGCAACUGCCACGCUAUCUGACGUCAUGCAUCAGCAUCGUUCCUUGACGAUGAAAAUUGCAUAUCUUUUAGCACCGGCACCCAUGGAUCAGCGUGAGCUCCUCCGCUCUUUUGCUGCUGAGAAUGAGGACGUAUUGAAUGAUGUGUUGAGUGUUCUCACAGUGCUCAAUCGCCGUGGGCAGCGCGAGCUUGUGGAGGCCGGAUACGAACUUAUAGACAUCGAAUACUACAGUUCCAAAGCUGUUAAACAACAAGUGGCGAAUCUGGCCCUUCCAAAAGUUGCGCACAACAAAGCCGUUUUGGAUCGCUUUGCUUUAUAUGCAGACCGGGACGUGAUGCUGGCAACCUGCUCAAGAGGUAUCAUGGCAGGACUCGGAAGCUCCAAGCGAAAGCGGGACGAGGAUGAUGAUUCAGAGGGCGUAGAAAGCGAUGAGGGCACCGUAGGACAACGCGCGGAGGAACCCGUGCAGAAGUUUGCAAUGACGCUCUUAACCUCCAUGGAUCAGAGCGGUAUUCGAUGGGCGGAUGGUGACCUCACCAAAGGACGAUGCGUUCUGUCGUCUGUGACAAAAGAGGUGUUGAAGCGACGACAACGACCAAACACCGUGCUGGGAUUCGGAGAGCAGCAGGCGCUGAGGCCUAUGCCAAUUGUAGACGCAUCACAGCUUGUUUCUGCGCAAGGCGACUACGCCAUUUUGCGGAAGGAAUACAAUGAUAUGUACGACACACUGAAGCGUGUGGAGGAGGUAACGGAAGAGGCAAGGGGAUGGUGCCAGUCUAAUGCCAAUCGUAUAUCGGCAGAAUUGCGUGAGGAGAUACAGCGCUGGUUUGCCGCACAGGAACAUCCUUGGACGGUCCUCGUUACCUCGUUCAAUAGCCUUCACAAGGUGCUCUACCAACUGAAACGGGAAAUUGAAGACUAUGUGAACCUUCGCGAAUGGGGCGUCUUGAGUUGA